AUGCUCAGGAGCAGCGAGGCUGCGACGGAGCCGCCCACGGCCGAGGCUGGGCCGAGCUGCGAGAGAGCGCGGCCAGGCUGCAACGGAGGGCCCGGCGGGGGUGCGGCAGCUCCGUUGCGGAGGGCCGGUCGGGGCCCGGCUCGCCGCGGCUCGCCGCGGGCGCCUGCGCCGCAGGUCCGCCCCACGCGCCUCCGCCUGUUCGCGAGGGAGGGCGCUCGCUGGCGCGCCAUGGACCUGGUAGACCAGCUGCUGAGGUCGGCGGACUUGCAGCGCCGGUUCCAGGAGGCGGCGCGGACGCUCGACGCGGUCGCCCUCCGCUCUGUGCUCCGCGAGGCGUGUGCCGGGCUCUCGCCGCCGCGCCUCUGCGCGUCCGAGCACAGCGUGGACAGCCCGAUGGACCAGGCCGCGCAGGAACGCCUGAGGGCUCUGGCGAGCGUGCAGAGGCCCGAAGAAGAACAAGAAAAAGAAGAGGAAUGA